AUGAGGAAGUGGUAUGGAGGCAUGUUGAUAAUAGCUCUGGGUAUGACGUUAUUUUUCCUCUACAACCUCAAAGGAAUUCAGCCACGGCAGCAGUUAGCAAAACAAUCAGCAUACAAUUUCUUUAAUAGCCAUACACCAGAUGAUUUCAAUCUUCCAGUAAACUCUUCUGAGUUGGAACUAAAAAGGGUACCAACACCAACAAAAAGGCCAUAUUUGGUACAUGUUGUAGGGCUUGAUGUUCUGUAUGACAUGAAAAAUUUAUCCAAAGAAGGGAUGGAUUCUGUGCUAAUAUGGGAUUCCUUACGUACCUUGCUGUCAAGGUCAGAUGCUUUGGCUGAGACAGCUCAAGGAAUUAAAGAGGCUUCAGUAGCAUGGAAAGAGUUGCUGUCCACUGUUGAAAAGUACAAAGCUUCCAAGAUUAAUAAGAUGGAUGGCCCAGAAAAUCAAAACUGCCCAUUCUCUGUGACCUCAGCUGGUAAGGCCGAACCAGAUAAUGGAAUCACUCUUGAUCUCCCUUGUGGUCUUGUUGUAGAUUCUUCUAUUACACUGAUUGGAAUCCCCAAUGCACAAAACAGAAGCUUCCAGAUUGACCUUGCUGGGCAAGAGCUAGAAGGGGAGCCAAAUCCUCCAAUUAUCUUGCAUUAUAAUGUGAGUCUUCCUGGAGAAAACAUGACGGAGCGACCAUAUAUUGUUCAAAAUACAUGGACUAGUGAUUUAGGGUGGGGAAAAGAGGAAAGGUGUCCUGCACAUGGUUCUGCCAACAUCCAAGAAGUUGAUGGACUUGUUCUCUGCAAUGUACAAGCAAUCAGAAGUAACACCAAAGGGAAUGUAAAUUUUGGUCAAGCUGCUAGAGAUAUUCCUUCUAAUAUUUCCUCAGAAAGUGCACAUAGAAAUGCUAUUUUCCCCUUUGCUGAGGGUAAUCCUUUCACUUCGACAUUGUGGGUAGGUUCAGAGGGAUUUCAUAUGACUGUGAAUGGAAGGCAUGAAACAUCUUUUGCAUAUAGGGAGGUUUUAUGGAUGCAGAAGCUUGAACCGUGGUUAGUUAGCAGUAUUAAAGUAGCAGGCAGUUUAAAUCUCUUAUCAAUCCUGGCUAAAGGUUUACCUGUUACUGAAGAUAAUGAUAUAGUUGUUGAUGUUGACAAUCUGAAGGCUCCUUCUAUCCCCCAAAAAAGGCUUAUUUUGUUGAUUGGAGUGUUCUCUACCGGAAACAACUUUGAGCGUCGCAUGGCCCUGAGGAGGUCUUGGAUGCAAUAUGAGGCUGUACGUUCGGGAGAAGUUGCUGUCCGAUUUUUCAUUGGGCUUCACAAGAACAAUAGGGUUAAUUUUGAGUUAUGGACUGAAGCUCAAGCAUAUGGAGAUAUUCAAUUAAUGCCUUUUGUAGAUUAUUAUAGUUUGAUUUCGUUGAAGACAAUUGCAAUUUGCAUUAUGGGGGUUGCUUCUGGGACUGGAGAUGGACUGUGCAAGUCAGCCAACAUAAGUGUGGAAAAGAAAUUACCACUAAAUGCCAAGAAACAACCCAAGCACAGAAGGGAAAUUCCAGCCUCGGGGCCAAACUGUCUGGGAUUAAUGAUGGGAAAUAGAGGUAAUGGAGGCACACCAAAGGUGGAAGAAAUACUGGUAGAAUACCAUGAGAAAGGUUGUCUUGAUUCUACUGAUUAG